GGCUUGCGAUAGUUUAAGGAGCGUGGGGGAUAAACGCUGAUCAAACAAACGAGCUCCUCCGUCGGUUACGCGAAUGGUGACCUGACAGGAUAAUGGUUGGCGCAGCUCUCUCUCUCUGCAUUGUGUAUUGCACCAGAACUGUGUUGUGCCAGCCUGGACGAACCGAAGGCCCUGAUGAAGAUGGGGCUGAGCGUGGUCUGCGUCGGCCACGUCAACUUCCUGCUGGGAGCGCUGGUGCACGGCGUGGUGCUCAGACACAUCGGCCUGAGCGAGCGGGCGGGCGUCGCGCAGGUGGUCGCGUCCAAUGUGCUGGCGCUCGUCACGGGCCUCAUAGGAAUUGUGGUGGGCGUUCUUGCUAUCAUCCUCUCCAAAAACAAGAAGAACAGAGGCCUGACGUGGUCACUCUUCGCAGGCAGUUUGGCCGCGGCGGUCACGGCGGCCGCCUCGGCCGUCGGGCUUCUGGUUUCCGUGGCGAUGUCCAUCAGACAGCGCGGGCGGAGCCUCCUGACGUCCUGCGCCGGUUCCGACGCCAGCGGCUACUCCAGUUGCCCGUUCGACCCCACGCUUUUAAACAGAACCACCCUGAUCCUGUGGGUGCCCCUAGUUGGGACUUGUGUGAUCCAGAUGGUGUUUUCCAGCCGAUGCUUCGCCGCCUGCCUGUCGUUUCUGGGUCUUUCCUGCCGCCCCAAAAGCAAUAGACGCCAACACUAUGGCAGAGCAAUCAAUGUGGUGAGGCCUUUGGAGGUAGCUACAUCUGCUAUUGAACCUCCAAGAAGCCACGCUGAGCCUCCGACACGCUCCGCUGAGCCUUCUAAAAGUGAUCACCAUCUUCCAAGGUGGAACUCGGCUCCUCCUAGACAGCAGCGCCUGCCCCCUGCCCUUUCACACUAUACUCCCCGUCAGCACCAGAGUCUUCCUCCCUCUGAGAGACGACCUCUUCGCCAGUCGUACAGAGAGAGGUCGCACAGACAAAGGCCAGAAACGGGCACCGGCAGCCCUCAAAGGGCACCAGAGCAACACCAUUUGCUGGAAAGGGCCACGAUGGAAAGGUCCAGUUUUUGGGUUUAGGCCGUGGCUUGUUGAAGCCCAGUGUAUAUGCUGCACCUGAAGGUGAAGGACCUGGACUCGGAUGUUUUACUGGUACAGACUUGUCAGCACUUCCCUCAAGCUGUGGAGUUAUAGGCUUGUACUGUUUUAUUUAAUGCAAUGGAUGUGAGCUUCAACGCCACGGAUGAAAAUAAGAAGCUCUGAGGACCGUUGCACAUUAUAAGGGUUUGUGCUUUUAUGUCCACCGCAGAUCUUACAAACUACAGACACUGCGUCAGUGUUUCUUCUCAUUGUGAAGUCCACUAAAAGAAUAGCUGGGCGUGAGCUUUUACAUGUUGUUGCAAAGCAUAGAGAUGGAGUUAGGACAUGGUAGCAGCCUUAGCUUAGCUAGAGUUUAGAUUAGAUAAUAACAAUGUGUAGAUUCUCUGCACUAAAUCUACAGUAGCUUGGAUUAUGCAGAUUGUGUGUUAUAUUGGCUAGAAGCAGUGACUUCUCAUUGCCUUGUCUAUAUUUUAAUAUGAAAUUGGAAACCAGCUGUUUACAGAUGUAAGUUACCUGUUCCGACUUCAAAACCGUGAUUAAAAGACCUGAGGCAGAAGAUGAGGAUACUCAUGCCAAUGAAUGUGUAAGUGCAAUUUCGUGUUUGUAUUUAAUGUCUGUACAAAUAAAGGUCUUUUCAAAACCA